CUCUACUCUAAAGGUAUCUAUAUAGUCACUAGAUACUGCACAGUACUUACGCCAACAUCGCAGUAACGAAUCUUCGAUUUCCCACACCCCAAAAGAUAAUUUUACAAUUCCCGUUCUUCCUUCGCUUCUCUUUAUCUUCCCUCCAUCCCUCAUUAAUGAGGGAAUUUCUCAUCUCAACAGCCGCCCCUGACGUCACUGCGGGUGAUAUCUCCGAAUCGAAUCUGAGAAACAAAUUCACAUCCUUUACGGCGAUGGCGCAGGCACAGAUACCAGAUGGCCUAUGGGGUGUGAUUGCCCAGCCCGAGUCCCGAGGGCUAGAGGAUCGCCCCGUGCGUUCAUUGGACCUAACUCCGUAAGAUCCUCGUCUGCGGUGCAACGUUCUGAACAUACAGGGCGUUACCAUCAGCCUCAGUCAGCCAUACGCUUGCAAACCUUGUCGCAUGUGAUCUCAAUCGGGGGUUGCCGAUUUACGAGGUGGAAUGCAACUUCUUUCCUUGAUACUCUUCGCCCUCGGUUAUUUUCAUGGUGCAAGAAUGAUGUGGCACUGGCUUGGUAUGUGUGGGUUUCCUCAUUAUGGCCGUUAUUGUUCGCGAUAAGCGAAAGCUGGCACCCGUCUCCUCUUUGUCAUAAUUGUCAAAGGUCUAUUUCGGUCCUGUAUAGAAUGGGAGAAAGAGAAGAAAAGUCAGAAGUAGAUAAAUACAUACAUAGUCAGGGACAUACUCCCCCUUCUAUAAUUAUCGGGAAGCAGAAUAUUGUGCAUAUAUACAUAGUACACGGACCUCCACCGGCUAUUCAGCCACCACAUGCUUGAAACCAAAACAAAGAGAACCAACAAACCGGGCCGUCAGUCGACAUGGAGGAUCAAGUCGGAGCCUCGUCUGGACGGAGUCAAGUUGCGUUCUGAAGAGAAAC